AUGUCGGUCACUACGGCCACAUCGGGAGCUCUCAUCUUUUCGGGAGCCUCACUUCUGGUUUCUUUGUUCGCUGCUGCUUCUAUUUAUUCUCAAGUUAAUUCUAUUUGGACUGAGUUAGACAAUGAAAUCGACAGUUUCAAAUUGCUCACUAAUGAUAUCUGGGGAGAUAUGAUUAACUUGGGUGCCGGAUCUGCUUCCAACCGUAUUCGUCGUCAAGCCUAUGGAGGUUACGGAGCCACCGGAACCAGUGCUCCAGAACCACACUUCCCACAAGGAGACAAGGGACCACUUCCAGUUCCAGGACUCCCAUUCGGACCAAAUGUUUCUGGAGGUAACAAUCGUUGUCAAUGCACUAUCGAGAACACUUGUCCACCUGGACCAGAAGGAGGAGAGGGAGAACAAGGACCAGACGGAGAAGAUGGAAUCGAUGGAGUUCCAGGAUUCGACGGGCAAGAUUGUCCAGAUGUUGAGCAGUCACCAUCCCAAGGAUGUUUCACUUGUCCACAAGGGCUCCCAGGACCACAAGGACCACAAGGAACACCAGGAAUCCGUGGAAUGCGUGGAGCUCGUGGACAACCUGGAUAUCCAGGAAGAGAUGGUCAACCAGGAAUGCCAGGAGAGAUGGGACCAACUGGUGCCCCAGGAGACGACGGAGCUCCAGGAGCCUCUGGACUCAAAGGAGAUGAUGCGGAGAAGCCAGUUGGAAGACAAGGGCCACGUGGACAACCAGGAGAGCAAGGACCAGAGGGAGCUGAAGGACCAGCAGGCAGAGAUGCUUAUGCUGGACCACCAGGAGUUGAAGGAGAAGACGGAGUUCCAGGAUAUCAAGGAUCUGCUGGACCAGAUGGAGAGGAGGGACCACGUGGACCAGCUGGACUACCAGGAAAGGAUGCUGAGUACUGUAAAUGCCCAACUCGUGACGAAGGAGCUAACAACCAUGGAGCAUGGCGUCGCAAGCACAAGAGAGUUUAUUAG